AUGUAUUUGUGUUCUCUCUUUUUAGGCAAAAGUAAAGAAGCAGAAAUAAAGAGAAUAAACAAAGAGCUGGCAAACAUUAGAUCAAAAUUUAAAGGUGACAAGGCUCUUGAUGGCUAUAGUAAAAAAAAAUACGUCUGCAAGUUGCUCUUCAUCUUUCUCUUGGGUCACGACAUUGACUUUGGACACAUGGAGGCUGUGAACCUGCUGAGCUCCAACAGAUACACGGAGAAGCAGAUUGGAUAUCUCUUCAUCUCUGUGUUGGUGAACUCUAAUAGUGAGCUGAUCCGUUUGAUCAACAACGCCAUCAAGAAUGACCUGGCUAGUCGAAACCCCACCUUCAUGGGGUUGGCCCUGCAUUGCAUCGCCAACGUGGGCAGCCGAGAGAUGGCCGAGGCGUUUGCUGGGGAGAUUCCUAAAAUCCUCGUAGCUGGGGAUACCAUGGACAGUGUGAAGCAGAGCGCUGCCCUGUGUUUGCUGCGUUUGUACCGAACGUCUCCCGAUCUCGUCCCCAUGGGUGACUGGACGUCCCGAGUGGUGCACCUCCUCAACGACCAGCAUUUGGGUGUGGUCACUGCCGCCACAAGCCUCAUCACCACCUUAGCGCAAAAGAACCCAGAAGAGUUUAAAACUUCUGUCUCUCUGGCUGUCUCCAGAUUAAGCAGAAUUGUGACGUCUGCAUCAACAGACCUUCAGGAUUAUACUUACUAUUUUGUCCCGGCUCCCUGGCUGUCGGUAAAACUGCUGAGGUUGCUCCAGUGCUAUCCACCCCCAGAAGACCCUGCUGUGCGAGGCCGCCUGACCGAGUGCCUGGAGACGAUUCUGAACAAAGCCCAAGAACCGCCCAAGUCCAAAAAAGUCCAACAUUCCAAUGCCAAGAACGCUGUGCUCUUUGAGGCGAUCAGCCUCAUCAUUCACCACGACAGUGAGCCAAACCUGCUCGUUCGUGCUUGUAACCAGCUGGGCCAGUUCCUGCAGCACCGGGAGACCAACCUGCGCUACCUGGCCCUGGAGAGCAUGUGCACAUUGGCCAGCUCCGAGUUCUCCCACGAGGCGGUGAAGACACACAUCGAGACGGUCACCAACGCUCUGAAGACGGAGCGGGACGUGAGUGUGCGGCAGCGGGCCGUGGACCUCCUCUACGCCAUGUGUGACCGCAGCAAUGCCCAGCAGAUUGUGGCUGAGAUGCUGAGCUACUUGGAGACGGCCGACUACUCCAUUCGAGAGGAGAUCGUGCUGAAGGUUGCCAUCUUGGCGGAGAAGUACGCUGUGGACUACACGUGGUACGUGGACACCAUCCUGAACCUGAUCCGGAUUGCUGGCGACUACGUGAGCGAAGAGGUGUGGUACCGCGUCAUUCAGAUUGUCAUCAACCGGGAUGACGUGCAGGGCUAUGCUGCCAAGACGGUGUUUGAGGCUCUUCAGGCACCAGCAUGCCACGAGAACCUGGUCAAAGUGGGCGGCUACAUCCUGGGGGAGUUUGGAAACUUGAUAGCUGGGGACCCAAGAUCCAGUCCUCUGAUCCAGUUCAACCUGCUGCACUCCAAGUUCCACCUGUGCAGCGUCCCCACCAGGGCGCUGCUCUUAUCCACCUACAUCAAGUUCGUGAACCUCUUUCCGGAGGUGAAGACCACCAUUCAGGAUGUGCUGCGCAGCGACAGCCAGCUGAAGAACGCCGACGUGGAGCUGCAGCAGCGGGCCGUGGAGUACCUGCGGCUCAGCACGGUCGCCAGCACUGACAUCCUGGCCACCGUCCUGGAGGAGAUGCCCCCGUUCCCGGAGCGCGAGUCCUCCAUCCUAGCCAAGCUCAAGAAGAAGAAGGGCCCGAGCACGGUCACAGACCUGGAGGAGGCCAAGCGGGAGAGGAGCGCUGACGUCAACGGGGGCCCUGAGCCUGCCCCAGCCAGCGCCAGCACCAUGUCCACGCCUUCUCCUUCGGCAGAUCUCCUGGGUCUGGGGGCCGCACCCCCUGCCCCCACGGGCCCCCCGCCCUCCUCCGGCGGGCUGCUUGUGGACGUGUUCUCAGACUCACCCUCCGCGGUCGCGCCUCUCGCUCCCGGCUCCGAGGACAACUUUGCCAGGUUUGUCUGUAAAAAUAACGGUGUGUUAUUUGAAAACCAGCUGCUUCAAAUUGGACUGAAGUCUGAAUUUCGGCAGAAUUUAGGUCGGAUGUUUAUAUUUUAUGGUAAUAAGACCUCCACGCAGUUCUUAAGUUUCACUCCAACACUAAUCUGUUCAGACGACCUUCGGGCCAAUCUGAGCCUGCAGACCAAGCCUGUGGACCCGACUGUGGACGGGGGCGCGCAGGUGCAGCAGGUUGUCAACAUAGAGUGUGUGUCUGACUUCACAGAGGCGCCGGUCCUCAACAUCCAGUUCAGGUAUGGGGGAACCUUUCAGAAUGUGUCCGUUAAGCUGCCUAUCACACUCAACAAAUUUUUCCAGCCCACAGAAAUGGCUUCUCAGGAUUUCUUUCAGCGUUGGAAACAGCUGAGCAGUCCCCAGCAGGAAGUGCAGAACAUUUUCAAAGCAAAGCAUCCAAUGGACACAGAGAUCACCAAAGCCAAGAUUAUUGGGUUUGGUUCUGCGCUCCUGGAAGAAGUCGAUCCUAACCCUGCAAAUUUUGUGGGAGCCGGGAUCAUACAUACCAAAACCACCCAGAUUGGAUGCUUAUUGCGCUUGGAGCCAAAUCUACAAGCCCAGAUGUACCGACUCACGCUGCGGACAAGCAAGGAAACCGUCUCUCAGAGACUGUGUGAAUUGCUGUCAGAACAGUUUUAAUCCACAAGGAUGGAGGAUCAGGCUCCUGUGUCUGUGCAUUUUUCUUCGUCUCUACCAUUUGUCUUCAUUACCAUGCUGCAAAUAAAUACCCCUGUCUGCUGUCGCAGUACAGCGCCUCCCAGCCCUGCUUCUCCAGCCCUUGGCCCUCUUGGGGAUGGACGGGAACACGAGUGCGCAGUUCUGGAAGAGCCUGAGCCUGGACUGCAGCCGGCCUGCCAAGUCAGAAGGAGGGAGUCUGGAUCUUGGGAUCAGUUUUUAUAGAAAUCAAGACAGUUCUGUGGUUAAAUCUGCAAAUUAAAGGGAAAUUAGAAAUUUGAAUGAAAA